AUGUUUUUCUGUCACCCAGAAUUUUUGUUUUGAUUUUGAAAGUCGGCCAAAGCAUUCUAACCUUCAAAACACUAAAAUUUCAUAAAUUUUAUGAACGGUUUAGUUAAAUAUUUCAAAACCAUGUUGAAAUUUAUUGACAUCGGCGCGAACCUAACCGACCCUAUGUUCCAGGGAAUCUACAACGGGACAAACAAGCACCAACCGGAUCUUCCAAACAUCCUCGAAAGAAGCUGGACCGGCGGUCUGGAGAAGAUCAUCAUCACAUGCGGAACGAUCUUUGACUGCGAUCCGGCGCUUGAGAUUGCGAAUCGGGACGAGCGCCUCUUCAUGACCGUCGGGUGCCAUCCGACGCGUUGCGGAGAGUUUGAGGCCGAUCCGGACGGGUAUUUCAUCUCGCUGUGCAAUAAAAUCGACGAGAACCGGGAGAAGGUCGUGGCGAUUGGCGAGUGUGGUCUGGAUUAUGACCGGACACAUUUCUGCGAACGGGAUGUCCAGAAGAAGUAUUUUGAGCGGCAGUUGACCCUGGCGAAGAAGUACGAUCUGCCGUUGUUCCUGCACUGUCGGAGUGCCCACGAGGACUUUUUGGAGAUCUUGACUAGAAAUUUGGACAAAAUUCCGAAACGGGGAGUGGUGCACACGUUCGACGGAACGGCCGAGGACGCCCGGAAGCUGAUUGAGCUGGGAUUCUACGUGGGCAUCAACGGCUGCUCGCUCAAGACAGAGGAAAAUCUGCAGGUCGUGGCCACAAUCCCGGACGAUCGAAUUAUGGUUGAGACGGACAGUCCGUGGUGUGAGAUCCGGCCGUCGCACGCGGGCUCGAAGCACGUCCGAACGAAGCUGCCCGCGGUCAAGAAGAAGGAAAAAUGGGACAAAGACAUGCUGAUCGCUGGGCGAUGCGAACCUGUAAUGAUCCGCCAAGUUCUGGAGGUUCUUGCCGGCGUCAAAAAUAAACCGAUUGAGGAUUUAGCCCAACAAUAUUACGAAAAUACGUUGAAAAUGUUCUUCCCGAGGGAAAUAAAUCAGUAAAUAUAAAGGUUUCCAACCACUUGAUGAUCACGGCAAAAGCAGAAA